ACACACACCCCCACCACCCGCCACCCCCAGCCCCCGAGAAAUCGCGCAUCCGCGAACCCUUAUCAUCAAGGGUUUUCGCCCGCUCGCUGCAUCCCAUCCCUCCCGUCGGCCCGUUUUCCCUCCCACAAGCAACCACAUACAUACAUACAAACUCUAUCGCGACCCAGUCGAUCGUUCCCACCCUGCCAUGAGUUUCUUUAGCUCACCAACCUCGUUCCGACUCAAUGCUCUACAACCUGUUCCCCACGCUCCCUUCGUUCCGAUGAUGUACUCGACAUUACCGGGAAACUCGAGCUACGAUAUGACAACCAUCAUGAUGGACGGACAGAAAUCGCAGCCCGCCGAGGGACAUCCCUCGCUGAUGCAUUUGGGACUGCUCGUGUUCGAGGCGGUGAUGGAAGUAGUCUGUGUGUCGUUACCGGGCUACAUCAUCGCCCGCGCUGGACUGUUCGACACCGAUAAUCAGAAGUUCGUGGCGAACCUCAACGUCUCGCUGUUCACGCCGUGUCUGAUCUUCAUCAAACUGGCGAGUCAGCUCACGCUCUCGAAGCUGGCGGAGUUGAUUAUCAUUCCCGUUCUGUUCGUCUUCAUGACUGCCGUUUCGUACUGUUGCUCCCUGGCGGUUGCAAAACUGUUCGGGUUCGAGAAGCCUGCAAGGAACUUUGUGAUCGCAAUGGGUGUUUUCGGAAACUCAAACUCCCUUCCCAUCUCGUUGGUCUUGUCUUUGGCGCACACCAUCUCCGGAUUGCAUUGGGACCGGAUUCCGGGCGAUAACGAUCAAGAGGUUGCCGCGAGAGGUAUCCUUUACCUUCUCAUCUUCCAGCAGCUCGGACAGCUCCUGCGUUGGUCUUGGGGAUACCAUGUUUUGUUGGCACGCACCGACGACGUCGAAACGGGUGCGCAGCCCAACGGCUCGGCUGGCAGAAGCUAUCGCGACAACGAGGAUGACAACGAGGGCGACAGUGACAGCGAAGACGAAGACCUCCUGCGCGUUCGCGUUGAUCCGUUCAUGUCGCCCCAGUUUGAGAACAGCUUCGAGGGUCUCCACCGCCAGGUGCAGCCCAACGAGCAGGAUGCGCUGCUUCCUUGCGGCCACGACCGUAACCACCACCGCAACCACACCACGGGAACCACCGACUCGGCCUUUGAAUCCGGCCCAUCCGGCGAACAGACACCCGUCAGUAGGUACCCUAGUUCGGCGUCUCUCUCGACCUGUCCCGGCACCGAUAUCACUCAGUCUUCUUCCAUCAUCGGCGAGACUCCGCUCAAGGGCAACCGCGGAAAGCGGGACAUCACCUCUUUCCCUACGAUCACGACAUCGAGCAGCACCGAGAACCUCCAGCCGCGAUGGGCCGCACCGGCGCCUCAGCCUUGGUACUCGCGCACAUUUACUGCCAUCAAGAAUUUCGGUGUUCGCUUCGCCUUGGGACUGUGGGAGUUUAUGAACCCGCCUCUGUGGGCCAUGUUUGCAGCGAUCAUCGUCGCAUCCAUCCCCCAGCUGCAGGAGUUGUUCUUCACCAAGGGCACAUUCGUCAACGCCUCCGUCACACGUGCCAUUUCGCAGUCUGGAAACGUAGCCGUGCCGCUCAUCCUGGUUGUUCUCGGAGCAAAUCUUGCCAACAGUACUUCCGGCAAGCAGAAGAACGCGCACGCCGACAAGCAGGAAACCAAGAUUCUGAUCGCCUCGCUGGUCUCCCGCAUGCUUCUCCCCUUCUUCUUCAUUGCGCCCGUGCUCGCCAUCGCCGCCAAGUACCUCAACAUUUCCAUCCUCGACGACCCGAUCUUCCUGGUCGUCUGCUUCCUCCUGACUGGUGCUCCCAGCGCAUUGCAACUUGCGCAGAUCUGCCAGAUCAAUAAUGUUUUUGAGGACGUCAUCACCCGGGUGUUGUUCUGGAGUUACGUCGUCGUCAUCCUGCCGAGUACUCUUGCUCUCGUCAUCACGGCGAUUGAGGUCGUACACUGGGCCACGUAAGAGAGAGAUAGAUACCUGAAACCACGAAUUCCCUACCUACAGGGAUUUCUUUUUCCUUUUCCUUCUUGGGCGGGGGUUUAGGGAGCGUUGCAUAG